UCCGUUUGCAAACCGCUCUUUUUUCAAAAGCAAAAAUCAAAAACAAGCAGUUUAGUUCGUUUCGUGUCGAUUGUGUGGAAAAUGGAGACCGUGACGCGCCCGUACACGAUGGACGAUCUGCCCCAGCUGAUCGAGGGCGUCAGCUCGGAGAACGUGGUCGGCGUGACGCAGUACAUCGUCAACAUGAUGUCGCAUCCGGCGUACGGACGGCAGUACCGGUGGUCCAAGGACAACUUUGAGCUGGGCUGCCCGCUCGGGCGGGGCAAGUUUGGCCGGGUGUAUCUGGCCCGCGAGCGGCACACCAAGUUUAUGGUCGCGAUGAAGGUCAUGUUCAAGUCGGAGCUGGUCAAGGGCCGCGUCGAGAAGCAGAUGCUGCGCGAGGUCGAGAUCCAGUCGCGGUUGAAACACCCCCACAUCCUCCGUCUGUACACCUGGUUCCAGGACGACCGGCGUAUCUACCUGGCGCUGGAACUGGCCUCGCAGGGCGAACUGUACAAACACCUGAAAGCCUCCCCGAACGGGCGCUUCAACGAACAACGGUCGGCCAAGUACACGUACCAGGUGGCGGACGCCCUGAACUACUGCCACGCCAACAACGUCAUCCAUCGGGAUCUGAAGCCGGAGAACAUUCUGCUCACCGACGACGACAACGUCAAGCUGGCCGACUUUGGCUGGUCUGCGCACACCAACUCGAACCGCCGCAAGACCAUGUGCGGAACCCUGGACUACUUGCCCCCAGAGAUGGUCGACGGAAAGAUUUACGACGAUUCCGUGGACCAGUGGUGUCUGGGCAUUCUGUGCUACGAGUUCCUGGUCGGAUUCCCACCGUUCGAGUCGGAGACGACCGAGGCCACCUACGACAAGAUUCGCCGGCUCGAGGUUGACUAUCCGCGCUUCAUGAGCUCCGGCGCGAAGGACUUGAUCUCGAAGCUGCUGCGGAGCAGCUCCGGAGCGCGAAUCACCCUCGUGGACGUGAUGAAGCACUUCUGGAUCAAGGACAGCAUGGGCAAAUGAGCGUCUGCUGCUGAAGCAUUUUGUCGUUAGUCACUCAUUUUAUUCACAUGUAAUUUAAAAAAAAACACACAAAUAAAUGUACCAUUUAGUAUU